AUGCUCAUCGAAUCUGCGCUCGUCGCCUUCGGCGCCACCCUCGCGGGCGCCGUGACCUCUCUCGAGGUCCAGGGCAGCCAGUUUAUCAACCCCACGACGCAGACUGCCUUCCAGAUUGUCGGCAUGGCGUACCAGAUCGGUGGAAGCGCAGGUUACGACCCUAGCAACAACAAGGACCCUCUGUCCGAUGGCGAGGUUUGCAAGCGAGAUGCCGCCCUCAUGCAGGUCCUUGGUGUCAACGCUAUCCGCGUCUACAACCUGGACCCCAACUUGAACCACGACGAAUGUGCCAGCGUUUUCAAUGCCGCCGGCAUGUACAUGAUCAUUGACGUCAACUCCCCUCUGUCCGGCGAGUCGCUCAACAGCGCUGCUCCCUGGGAGUCGUACUACGACACCUACCUCAACCGAACCUUUGCCAUUGUUGAGGCCUUCAAGUCGUACCCCAACACUCUGGGCUUCUUCGCCGGUAACGAGGUCAUCGACUCGGUCAAGACUGGCGCUACUGUUCCUCCCUAUGUUCGUGCUGUCACGCGCGACCUGAAGAACUACAUCAAGAAGAACUCUGACCGCAGCAUCCCCGUCGGCUACUCUGCCGCUGACGUCCGUUCCGUUCUCGAGGACAGCUGGAACUACUUCGCGUGCUCCAUCGAGGGCGAGGAGGAUGAUAUGUCUCGCGCCGAUAUGUUCGCCCUCAACAGUUACUCGUGGUGUGGCGACAGCAGCUUCACCGAGUCCGGCUAUGAUCAGUUGGUCGCCAUGUUCGAGGGUACCUCGGUGCCGAUCUUUUACUCCGAGUUUGGCUGCAACACUCCAUCUCCUCGCGUCUUCACCGAGAUUCCCGUCAUCUAUGGUGACCAAAUGACCCCAGUCUUCAGUGGUGGCGUUGUUUACGAAUACGCCCAGGAGGCGAACAACUACGGUCUUGCUGAUAUUGCCAACGAGGGCAACCAGAGUGUCACACUUCGGUCUGAUUUUGCUACCCUCCAGGAGCAGUACGCCAAGCUGGACUGGACCUCGAUCCAGAGUGCCGCGAUCAGCACAAGCAACGUCACCAUUCCUACUUGCUCUAAGAGCCUGAUCUCAGGCGAUGGCUUCAACAACAACUUCACCUUACCUGCCCUGCCUUCUGGUGUUCAGGACAUCAUUGAUAACGGUGUCAGCCCCAAGCCCACUGGCAAGAUCAUCUCGAUCUCCGACUACAGUGUUCAGUACACCAUUACGGAUGCCAGCGGCUCCACCCUGGAAGUGUCUGUCAAGCCUCUUGCCGACGACGCUACCAACACUCCCGGAAGCAACGAUGCGACCACUGGCAACAGCACUGGCACCAGCACAGGCAGCAGCUCUACCGCAUCGGCGAGCAGCCCUGCCGUCCGCACCGUCGGUGGUGUUGUCCGGUCUAAUGUAUGA